CCCUAAAGCACAAACCCGGAAGAAGGAAAUAAUGCUCGUCGUCCACCACUAGCUCAAGUCAGUUUGAGGUCGAGUGGAAGUUAACCAUGGCGAUGACAAGUCAGACGACCUGUUCCUCCAUGAGUAACCACACUAAAGAAAGGGUCACCAUGGCCAAAGUGACCUUAGAGAAUUUCUACAGCAACCUGAUAUCACAGCAUGAGGAAAGAGAAAUGAGGCAGCAGAGGUUGGAGAAGGUCAUGGAUCAAGAGGGACUAGCUGAUGAAGAGAAGCGUAUGCGGCGGUCUGAGCAUGCUAGGAAAGAGACUGAGUUUCUCCGUCUCAAACGAACACGGCUUGGAUUAGAGGACUUUGAGUCGCUCAAAGUGAUUGGUCGUGGAGCUUUUGGAGAGGUGCGACUAGUCCAGAAGAAGGACACAGGGCACGUUUAUGCCAUGAAGAUUUUGCGUAAGGCUGACAUGCUUGAGAAAGAACAAGUUGGUCAUAUUCGAGCAGAAAGGGACAUUCUCGUAGAGGCAGAUAGUCUUUGGGUGGUAAAGAUGUUUUACAGCUUUCAGGAUAAAUUGAACCUCUACCUCAUCAUGGAGUUUCUGCCUGGAGGUGAUAUGAUGACUUUGUUGAUGAAGAAAGACACUUUAACAGAGGAGGCAACACAGUUCUAUAUUGCUGAGACUGUGUUGGCUAUUGACUCCAUUCACCAGCUGGGCUUCAUCCAUAGAGAUAUAAAACCAGACAACCUCCUGCUGGAUUCAAGGGGCCAUGUGAAGUUGUCUGAUUUUGGCUUAUGCACUGGUUUGAAAAAAGCUCACCGCACCGAGUUUUACAGAAACCUCAAUCACAGCCUUCCCAGCGACUUCACUUUCCAAAAUAUGAACUCAAAGAGGAAAGCAGAGACAUGGAAGAGAAACAGGAGACAGUUGGCCUUCUCCACUGUUGGAACCCCUGACUAUAUCGCUCCAGAGGUGUUUAUGCAAAAUGGGUACAACAAGCUAUGUGAUUGGUGGAGUCUGGGGGUCAUUAUGUACGAGAUGCUAAUAGGUUACCCUCCAUUUUGCUCAGAGACACCUCAGGAAACUUACAGGAAGGUGAUGAAUUGGCGGGAGACUCUGACCUUUCCACCCGAGGUCCCCAUUUCAGAGAAGGCCAAAGAUCUCAUUCUCAGGUUCUGUUGUGAGAGUGAGCACAGAAUUGGAGCCACUGGAGUGGAAGAGAUCAAGACUAACCCUUUCUUUGAGGGGGUGGAUUAUGACCAUAUAAGGGAGAGGCCGGCGGCUAUUCCAAUUGAGAUCAAAAGCAUUGACGACACCUCCAACUUUGACGAGUUCCCCGAUUCAGACAUUCUUCAACCUUCAGCUACGGUCGUAUCAAACCACACUGAGGCUGAUCUGAAAAGUAAAGACUGGGUGUUCAUCAAUUACACCUACAAGCGCUUUGAGGGCCUGACCGCACGAGGAGGCAUCCCAUCAUACAUGAAAACUGGGAAGAGAUAGACGCUAAGAAACUUGUUAACAUCUGUCAUAAAGAGACAUUCUUCAUCGCUUUUGGCAUCUGAAGGAUCCCACAUCAUUCUUUCCUGUUCUGAUCUUGACUCACUUGUGGAUGUGGACUCCAACCAUCCUUAAUUUUUAGAAGGAUGAGUCUCACCUAAGGGCUUUUAUCAUCUAAAACCUGAAUGUGACCACUUCUUCCCCUGGCUCUUCUUUUCCCCUACAUAAGGAAAGAUUUUGGCCAAUCGUCCUUCAGGUUGCAAGGUUUUGUAAAGUUUCGAAUGGCUGUGCACAAAGACUCAUAAGGGCUCGAGUAGAAGCUGGUUAGAUCUUCUUUUUUUUUUUAAAUGGACUAUUCCUCCCACAACAGAAAUUGAUUUAAAUUGUAUUAGUGAUGGUGAAUCAUUGAUUUACCAUUUCAAAAGACUAGCGCUUGUGGAAGAAUUGUCCCAUCUCCGCUUACUUUCUUGUCCACAUCUGCUGUAUUAAUUCUAGGAUGAAGAGGAUUGACUUUUGCUCAGGCGAUGCUUUUUAGAGACAUUCAUCUUAUUUUGUAGAUAUUCCUUUCGUUGUUACGCUCCUCUUCAAAAGUCCUAGUGACAGUGGCACGACGGGGUUCAUAGUCACUAGCUGAAUGUUUUUGUCAUUUAAGAAAUUUGGGAUUUACCCCAUAGAGCUGCAGAUGUUGCCUUACAUUUACAGGAUCAUUCCUAGACCAACAUCAUGAAUACAGUCACAUUUGCCAUUAAAACCCAAUCUUCUUUUGCAUACCAGGAAACUUCACCAGCCGACGUUUCAGACCAAGCAAACUCAACGGACCAGCAUUUGUUUAAUAUACAGUGGGUAGUUACAGCCACUGGCAGCUGAAUCGGUGAUUCAGUUGUUGCUAAUGUUAUUAUUUUUAUUAACAAAGGGGCUCAUUGCUUCUAUUUGGAGAUCAAAGACACAUCUAUUUUUUUUGCAUUAGAUAACAUCAUGGUUCAGGGAUUUGAAUUAAUUGAGGGUCUAAGUACAGCAGUCUUCCAAUUAAAUAGAGUGAAAUGUUUAAUGCAAAGUUUUACAUUACCAAAGAGGCACUACUAGUCUUUCUUGCACAUGUGCUAAUCUUCCAUGUUGUUUGAUUAUAGAUGGGUUUACUUUUUAAACAGCAUUAAUUCGGUUACCAUGUAGCAAACCUUAAAGCAACAUUAUUAUUACAAUCAAUUAGUGCAUUUGUGUUACCACAGUACACAACUCGGGUGCCUGCUGGUAUUAGCAUGUUGCUUUUAGUUUGGCUUUAUGUAAUUAAACAAGGGCACAAGAAUGAUUUAAACAGUGACUAUUUCUAUAGUGAGCAAUCACACAUCUUCUCUCUCUGACCAAAUUGAAUGUAUCUUAAGAAAGACUUGCUUUUAAUAUUGCAAGUAUGUUCAAAUUCCAUUCAUUUCUCAUUGGCUGCCCAAAAAUGCUAGAAUGUUGUGGAUUGACCCGAGUCUAGAUUUGCUUGAGUGAAUGAUUUGGCACCUGCUUUUCUGUGUAUUUAUGCAACAUAGCAUGACAGUGACUUAUGUGAGCUGAGUAGCCCUGCUGCCUUUAAACUACUACUAGAUAUUUAAUAACAUCUCGAGGCAUAGAUUACUGUAUCCUAUAGUAAUAUAAAAUCAUGUAUGAAUGGUGCAUUAAGAGAAAGCAAUAUGUGAUUAUCUGAUGUCUGGAUAUGUUUAUUUUAAUGUAUUAUAGUCAUGGCUGGAGAUGGCUGAGGGUUGAAUUCUGUUGCAUGCUUUUACAAGAGUGCUGAUGAAGCCACAGAGCUAUGAAUGACUUUGUAUUUUAAUGAAAUGUAUUUUAUUUUUGUGUUGCUUUUGUUUGUUCUCCAGAUUCUAGCAUCAUUGAAUUAAACAACGCGGAGGUGAUUUUCAUAGUUAUCGCUUAUACUUCAGCCAGAAAGAGGCUUGAUGGAAACAAACACUGUUUACAAGAAGCAGAAAGUAGGCUGAUCUGCUUUGUAUUUUUUGCUGUAUCUUACGUGUUGAAAAUGAUCAUGAAAUUAGUGUCGCAUAGUUUGGUUUUGUAGGUUUCUCACUUGCAUCCUUACAGGAAUCUUUAUUUUGUAUGAGGAAAACUGUUUUUUUUUUUUUUUGAAGAUUAACAAUGCACCUUUUAUUAGUCGUGAUGUCAUGUAUAUUUAAAGUACACAAUGAAUGACUGCUCUGUUCUCUGAGAAUUUGUAAUUCUUAUCAUCUAACCAAAAGUAUACUAGUCUUAAAGUUUUAAGGGGUCUCUUCUUUGCUUUGAGCUAAAGAAAUGAUUAGACCUGCGUGUUUGCUUUAAGGGAGUUUAUUCACACUGGCGCUAAUUUUCACAAAAAGUAUUGAAUGCAGCUCUAGAUUUCACUGAUGUCACAUUCUGCUGUGAGAGGUGGAAGUUUUUCCCCUCUCUGCCUUAAGUUUGUUGAGAGUUGAGAGUGUGUUUGUGGAUUUUUCCUGCAUAUAUAGAGCACCUUUCACUGGUUUAUUUGUCUGAUAGAGUUUGUUUUUGAGGUGGAAACACACUUCGACCUGUAAAAUGUCUGGAAUAAAACAACAGUUCAUUUA